GCAUGAGCUACAUUGUGCUGUGUAAUGUUAGGUGAUACAGUGGAUACAGUGGAGGUCAUUUGACGGGACGAUGAUGAUUAUCGAUCGGUCAGUGAGAGAAUCCUGUCACGCGUUCAGAACGGGAGCUCUUAUCGAGCGCUCGGUGACCGUAACGCACACGGAGCAUCGAUUUGAGCGGCAGUCCCAUGCAGUUUGAAGCUCCGCCUCCAGAUCCAGCGGGCUUUAAAGCGUCUCCUCCAACGAGCUCCACUGACUCACUGAGUGACUGACUGAAGCCUGAGCUGCGCGGCACCAUGGCAACAGAGCGGCCCGACAAACUGCGCGUCUUCUCUCUCAACUGCUGGGGAAUUCGAUUCUUCAGUCAACUCUGUACACAGCGGUAUGAGAUGAUCGGAGAAUUACUGGACCGAGAGCAGCACGACAUCGCCCUUUUACAGGAAGUAUGGAGUGAAAGAGAUUUCCUGUUCCUGAAGAAAAAGCUGUCCUCCUCUUAUCCUCAUACUCACUAUUUUAAGAGUGGGGUCAUUGGCAGUGGGCUUGCUGUGUUCUCCAGACACAGGAUCCAGGACGCUCUUCUCUAUCAGUACUCUCUCAACGGCUACCCAUAUAUGCUGCGACAUGGUGACUGGUUUGGAGGCAAAGCAGUUGGGUUGGUCAUUGUAGACAUUCUUGGAUUAAAGGCGCACGUCUAUGUUACUCAUUUACAUGCAGAGUACUCCAGGGCUCAAGAUGAAUACCUGCCCCACAGAAUAGUGCAGUCGUGGGAACUGCUGCAGUUCGUGCGCCACACGUCCUGUGGAGCAGACGUGGUGGUUCUGGGAGGAGAUCUGAACAUGCACCCUCAGGACCUGGGAAACCGUCUCCUCAGAUCCCACACCGGGCUCAGAGACUGCUAUACUGAAACAGACACGUUUGAUGGAUGUGAAGACGGUCACACGCUAAUAGCAAACAAUCACUUUACAAAGAAGCAAGAUCUUAUUCCUUUUGAGAAGGGCAUCAGGAUUGACUACAUUCUUAUGAAGGGCUCUCAAAGAGUGAACAUGAAAUGUGAGUCUCUGUCCACCACCAAGGGUUCAGUGGCUGAUAAACCCUUUCCAUAUUCUGAUCACGAGGCUCUGACUGCUGAGCUGGCCCUGCUGCGCUCAGAGGACAGCAAACAGCAUGGAUCAGGGAACACACCUGCUGUAUCAGAGCAGAUGGACGUGGUCACCGAAGCAUGUGCGGUGGUAAAGGAAGGUCUGUGUCAGACGGAGGCCCUGCGGGACAAAGCCAUGCGUCUGACGUUCAGCGGUCUGUUAUUACUGCUGCUGCCGCUGGUUAUGGCCUUCCUACCCUGCUCCUGUUCCUGCUCCUUCAGCACCGUGGGGCUUCUGGGAGCUGUGUGCAUAAGCCUGCUCCUCUCUGGAGCUCUGCUCUACCUACUCUUCACCUCACACAUCAAAGUCCUCAAAGAGACUGAAGACCAGAUGAUGCUGACCUCGAAUGACCUCCAGACUAAACUGACAGGAUGUCGGCUGUCUGGAUCCUCAUCCUCCAACGGCUCUCCAGAGCUCCAGCCACGGAGUCCUUUUAAACGGGAGGAGUAAGAGCUGGUCCUGGAUAAGGUUACUGUACCUCAGUGUUACAUAAUAGCUGUUAGGAUAUAACUUGAAGACUGAUCCGAGAUCAGUGCUCUGAGGCUAUUCCUACCUCAAGACACAAUAAUAAUCACGGAGCUGCUGCUCUUUCGCAGUUCAAUGAACUGAAAAUCUUGAAGGCUUGAAUGGAAAAUCCUGUUUGUUUCCAUGAGGGCGGGUUAUUUAAUUCUGUGCUUGUCUAUGCCUGUAAAGACACUCCAAACUGUGUGCUUACUGAUAUUUUAAUGUGACUCGGAGAAGACUUGAGUCCGUUUUUUUAACGGUUUGUUGUUGAAGUAUUACUAGACCACAUUUUAGGCAUUAUAAACACUGUUUGAAUGUCAUUUCAUCAUAAUCAUGAAUAAAUAAAUCACUAUUCUAAAGCA